AUGCAGAUGUCUCGGGACUCGUUCCCCACAGACUGGAGCCCACCACCUGUGGAGUUCCUGAAAAAGAGCAAGCAGGUACUUCAGGCCCACAGGAGCCUGCCUGAGGACAUGGAGAAGGAACACCCAGAUUCAGAUCAGAAGGUGGAGCUGGCCUCACUGGAGGAGCUUUUCUGGAACAUGGCGGGUCCAAGCCAGCAGGCUGUGACCCCAGAGAUUUCCUCUGGGGGUUCAGGAUGCUAUGUCAACAAUUUAGAUUACCUGCUGCAAGAGAAGAGGAUGCUGGUGGAGAAGUUCUCUGUGUCCCUUCAGGUCAUCUCGCCAGUGCACCCAGGUGAAACUGUAUUUUUGCCCAGACGUCACCCUUUGCCUUGCACCCUGGACUCCUCUAGUCUAAAGCCUCGCAGCCAGCUGGAAGAGCUGUUCCUCAGGUCCUCUCUGUCUCAGCAGCUCUCCUUCCUGCACAAGGGCCUCCUGAGCAACCUCUACCUGCAUGCCUCUGAUUGUCCACUGCCUCUGCUCCAGUGGCUGUUCCAGUUGUUAACAUGGCCUCCAGAGACAUCUUCAAAAGCUUUUGGUCUCCUCUGGGAUCUCAGCAUAGAUGGACUGUUCCGUCAGCCUGAUGAAGACAUGCGCUUCUGGUGUCCCUCUCUUCAGGAGGUCAAGGAGGUGUUCCACAGCCUGGGAGCCUACAACCCUGCGCUGUACCCACAGGGGCCCUUCCAGCACAGCGCCAGAGGGCUUGAAGGUGGCGCUGGCCUGGGCUUGUGGAAACCACAGGAUCCUCCUCAGGAAGUGGCCUUGGACAUUAAGCUGAGCUAUAUCUACAAGUUCCUGAUCCUGUGUUUCCUAGUCCAGCCAAGGUCCUACACGGACGCCAGCAUCUUAGGCCUAAUUGAGCUGCUGUGCCGAGCAGGCCUAGAUGUGGGGUUGUGCCUGCUGCCCAAGACUGACCUCCAGCAACUCCUGCUCCUUCUUCUGGAGAACAUUCAAGACUGGCCUGGAAAGCUCCAGCCCCUGUGCUGUGCCCUCAGCUGGGUAUCUGACCACCACCACAACCUGCUGGUCCUCGUGCACUUCUUUCUGGAUGUGACCCCCCGGGGCAGGCAGCUUAGGAGCCAGCUGAGCCUCAUGGUUAUUGCCCGGAUGCUGGGUCAGCAAGAGGCACUUCCUCUCUCGGGAGAGAAGACGCAGCUGUCCUUGCUCAGCCAGCUUCUCAGCCUCAUGAGGCCUUCAUCCCUCAGGCAGUGUCUGGGCGCUGAGACCUUGCCAUCCUGUCCAGGGCAACAGCCAAAGGCUAGUACUGAGCUAGACCACAAGGUCUGCUAUCUGUGCCACAGCCUCCUGACGCUGGCUGGGGUGGUGGUCAGUAGCCAGGACAUCACUCCAGAUCAGUGGGGUGAACUGCAGCUGUUGUGCAUGCAGUUGGACCGCCAUAUCAGCACCCAUAUCCGGGAGAGCCCCCAGGCCAUGCACCGGACCAAGCUCAAGGACCUAGCUACUCAGACCUACAUCCGCUGGCAGGACCUGCUGACCCACUGUCAGCCCCAGGGCCAGUACUUCAGCCCUUGGAAAGACAUUUAGAGGGGUAAGGGCCUUCCUACCCAGCAGGAAGGUAAAGAAUGGAGGCCAGAGGAGGCCCGGCCUGAAGCUCGACCACCACCACCACAAGCAAUCCUUCUGAGUCCCUGGCAGCCCCCACCCGUGAGCUCCCACACCUGCCCAGCUAUCUCCUCUAUCCUGGGGCCUUUGUCUUCACAGCUCUGGCUUCCUGGGACCUCCUGGGCUCUCGCUGUUGGCCACUGUUUUCCCCACACCUUGCUCUCUCUGUCCACUGUUAAUAUGAGGUUUCAAUGUGCACAUUAAAGUCUUA